AAUGAAAUGGCAGUACAGUUUCAGGACACCACCACACCACACUAUCUCUGUCUGUCUGUCAUCAUCACUCAUCAGUCUCUCACUCAUCUCACACAAACGGUUUAAGGCAGAGCUCCUCUGCUGCCGCCGGUGCCGGUGCUGGACGCCGGUGCCUCCCCUGUUGUCUUCCACACAGCAAGUCAGCAGCAGCAGCAAACAUCUCUCCCUGUCACUGUUGCCCUGCUUCAUUCUCCCAAGAGCUCACUGCCUCUCUUCUCGAGGAGGCGCAUGGCAUGAAGCCAGCAGGCCGAGGAUGAGAGGCUGCUCAGGCUGGGCAACACGAACUAGACGACGACCAGGAGGAGGGAGGAGAUGGGGAACUGCGGGACGCGGGAGGAGAAUGCCGUCGUUGCCGCGCACGCGCAAGUUCAGCAGCUCCACUUGUUACAACAUUCCACCAAGAAUGCCCUUGCAGAUAGGAAGCACACACGGACCUCAUCUGAUGUAAGUGAUCCUCCAACACCUAGGAAAAUCGAAGAUGCCGAGAACAUUUCCAUAUACAACAAUGUGAUUGCCUUCACGUUGUUUGAGCUGGAAACUAUCACAAAGAGCUUUCGUGCCGAUUAUGUUCUUGGCGAAGGAGGGUUUGGAACUGUUUACAAGGGUUACAUAGAUGACAAUGUCAGGGUUGGUCUGAAAUCACUGCCUGUUGCCGUCAAGGUGCUCAACAAAGAUGGACAUCAAGGGCACAGAGAAUGGCUUACUGAGGUUAAUUUCCUGGGGCAGCUAAGGCAUCCCAACCUUGUAAAGUUGAUUGGAUAUUGCUGUGAAGAUGACCACAGGUUGCUUGUCUACGAGUUCAUGUUUCGAGGAAGUCUGGAAAACCACUUACUUCGAAAGACGGCUACUCCAUUGCCCUGGGCUACAAGGAUGUCUAUUGCACUGGGAGCUGCCAAAGGGUUAGCUUGUCUCCACAAUGCUGAAAGACCUGUUAUCUACAGGGAUUUUAAGACCUCAAAUAUUCUCCUGGACUCUGAUUAUACUGCUAAAUUGUCUGACUUUGGGCUGGCUAAAGCUGGCCCAGAAGGUGAUCAGACCCACGUAUCAACACGGGUGAUGGGAACAUAUGGUUAUGCUGCCCCUGAAUAUGUGAUGACUGGUCACUUGACUGCCAGAAGUGACGUCUACAGCUUCGGUGUUGUCCUUCUCGAGCUCCUGACAGGGCGGAAGUCCAUCGACAAGUCCCGGCCCAGCAGAGAGCACAGCCUGGUUGACUGGGUUCGCCCCAAGCUGAGCGACAAGAGGCGACUCCUCCAGAUCAUUGACCCAAAACUGGAGGGACAGUAUUCAGUCAGAGCUGCUCACAAGGCUUGCAGCCUCGCAUACUACUGUCUGAGCCAGAACCCCAAGGCCAGGCCCCUCAUGAGCGAUGUCGUUGAGACUCUUGAGCCGCUGCAGGGCGGCAGUGGAAGCGAUGGUGCUGCUGUUCAUGUCGGUGGCCUGCCCGACUACAGAGUUCACCGCAGGCUGACAGGAAACAGCGUCCACUGCAGGGCCAUCCCCAACCCUAAGUGCUCCCCCGCUGUCCCGGCAUGCAGGGUGAGGUGAUCACAACAUCUGCUGUUUCAGGUUUAGCCACUGCUGCAGUAGAUCCAGCUGUACAUUACGAGCUUUUCGAUGUGUAAAUUUGAUCCGCACAAUGCUGCUGCCUUUUGUUUCUGCUGCUUGUAAGGCCCCUCUAAUUUUCGCGGUGGUCUUACGGUAUCCUUGACCGAAUGAUCCCCGCCGAAACCGGCUGGGUUUAAUCCCUGGAAAUGAAAUGCUGAACCAAGAGUGGUUGGUUCGCAAUAGUAUGACUAUGGAACUGUGGAAGUACCGUCACAGGUUGGAGCUUCUUUUUUCAGAUAUCUCAAUCUGGGAUUGUGCUCCAUAAGUUUCUGUCAUAUGAUAAGCAGCUACAAAUAAAAUUAGAGAAGUUCCUGAGAUUUUCUUGUCUGAUAA